CAAAAGUUAAUCAUAUGUUUGGAUUUGUUUUUGUCUUAUUGUUGUCAAUGUUUUGUUUGAUUAUCCUGAUGAUUUGGUUUUUAAUUGUUGUUUUAUUUUGAUUUUAAAAUUGCGAAAUCAAUUGUCUAGAUUUUUGAUUAAUUUCAAAGGCCUGAGAUGUUUAUUAAUCAGUUGAAAGAUAAUCUUGUUUCUAAUCUAUGGUUAGUCUCAAAGUCAAUUCUUGAUUUACCAUUUGCUGGUGAAUUGAUUAAACAAUUUGAUUGUGUUGGUGUUUCGUCAAUUGUUUCCGAUGGAUUUAAGGAUAAAAAUGAUUUAACUCUUAAUCUAUCUAAUCCGGUCUUCUCUCCUUGGCAUGGUUAUCUUGACCAAAUUGGAUCAACUCUGGUUAAGGUCAGUCAAACUUGGGAAUUACCUUUGACCUCAUUCAGUAUCUCUGGUAAAUCAAUUCUGUUCAAUGUAAAUCGUGAAGUUGCCAUUCCUUUGAUACUUUCAAACAAUAUUCAACUUGAUCAACCAUCUAACAGUAAAAAUGAUUGUCAACAAUCAACCGUUUUAAUUGUGAAUACAAUGAGAGACAAUUUAAGACAAUUAACUUGCCUUCGAUUCCAAUAUAUUGAGGAAACUCUUGUCUCUCUGUUGAAAACCAUUGGAGCUUCAACAAAGACCAUUAAUUCAACGCAAACAAUUACUGAGUGUGGAAAAUUUAAUUACUGUGAUGAUGAAAAAUUGAAUACUAAUGAUAUUGAAAAGGGACUACAAUUUGAUGAUUGUUCACCUCUAGAAAUUAACAUUGACCCCUUCAAAUCUAAUCUUCCAUACGAUUUAGAGGAAUCACAAUUUACCAUUGAACCAGGAUCAAGAUUAAUGUCUUUUCUCCGUCUAUUCAGUCAACUAUUAAUUCCAAGUGAAUUACAAUUAAGCUCAAAGAGUAGAAUUGUCAUUUUAAUUCAUAUUAAUGAUUGGAAAAUUGGAGAAAAAGCAAUAACCUCUUGGAGUGUAUUAACAUCAACUUCCAUUGAUCAACUUAAAUGGAUUAAUUUCAUUCCAAUCGCUGAUAUAAUUAGUGAUUUAACUCUCGAUGAAAUUAAAAAUCAUUGGAGAUCAAUUAUUGUCAAACAAUCAGAGACACAAUAUACAGAUGAUCAAGUUAAUUGUCUAAUUGAAACAUGUCUUAGAUACACAAUUACCUCGAUCUCUCCGAAAGCUUUUCACAAUUUAGAUCUAUCUAAAUAUAAGGAGGCUCUUUUUAUCCAAUAUAAUUACGCUCGUUUGGUUGGUAUUACAAGGAAAUUUCAACAAUUAACUACACCAUUGCCCGAAGUUAGAGUUGAUGUUCGUCUAUUGAAAAGUAAUCAAGAAUGGAACUUGAUUUAUAACUUUCUUGCCAAAGUUCCAGUUCUUUUAAAUGAGAUUUUACAAUCAAAUCCAAUUGCGAUUCACAAGAUUCCCUAUUUUGUGAAAACUUUCGUUAAUUAUAUUAGCAUUUAUUACAAUUAUACUAGAGUGAUUACCGAAAUUAAUGAUCGAAGUUUACCUUUGGCUAAUGCAAGGAUUGUUAUGAUUGAUAAAAUUAGGACAAUUUUACAUCAAUUGGUUAAUUUAAUCCAAAUUGAUCCAGUACAAUACAUGUAAAUGGA